AGUAGCCCAGUUGUUCCACUUGUUUCUUGCAGGCUUUUUCGUUCGUAGUCCCAGCCUAGCUACCUGGCCCGAGCGGACAUAAUGUCAGAACAAGUCGAUCUCCUCCAUUCUAUGACCUGGAGUGGACAUGACACAGUAGACACAGACUCCUCAGGCGAAGAUCUCUCGAAAGCGAUCGUAGUUUACCGCCGUAACGAAGAGAUUUGUCAACCCCACAUAUUUUGCGGGGACAUCGAGGAUGGUGAAGAAGAUAUCUUGGGAAAAGGGUCGUAUGGAGUGGAAUACGCAAGAAAGGUGAUCACUCUUGACUCGUUCAUGCGAGAGGAAAGCCGAAAGAGACACCUCCGGGCGACAGACUUGGAGCUCCAAUGCUACAUGUAUCUGGACCAUCCACACAUCUUAUCAUACGUGCACCACGAGAUCGACAACAAAAGGAUCGAGAUAUACACGGAAUUUUGCCGCCAUGGAGACCUGCAAGAGCUCCUAUGUGAGGCAGAAGAUGGAGGGACCCAUAUGCCAGACGAAUUUGUUUGGCACAUUCUCGAGGGUCUUGCCUCUGCUCUAGCAAGAUGCCAUUUUGGACUUAAAGCAAGUCGUCGGGAUGUCAUUUACAGUGGAUUUGAAUCGUCAUGGAACGCUAUUUUACAUCGUGACAUCAAGCCUGGGAAUAUUCUCCUGAGUCAGUCGCAAUUUGACGGAUCCGUUGAACCUAUAGCAAAGCUUGGGGAUUUUGGUACAUCAUUUAAACUAGAAGAGAACGGAAGAGCACCAUCGACUCAGAUGGCAGGAACAAAGGUCUACUGGGCUCCGGAAAUUGCGGAAGAAGAGAAACGAUCGAGAACCAUCACCAAAUGGUCCACCAUGAGUGACAUAUGGGCAGUCGGAGCAGUUCUGCACAUAAUGUUGACGUACGAGAUCCCUAUCCAGGACCAACCGCGAGGCUUGAUCGCUCGGAUUUCCAAGCUUGAUAGCUUGCGACCAAUGGAACGCGCGCCCAUUUCGGAGUUGUUGUCUUUGAUUGUUGGCGAAUGCCUUAGCCCAAGCGAGAAGGAUAGGCCAUCUGCUCUCCAGCUACUACCUGUCGCGAUGAAAUCGGACUGUUCACUCGAAAGCUACCAACGAAGUGAGAGCUUCUGGCAGGUAAUGGCUACCGAUGCGGAUUCCGAACUUUCAUCCAUGGUUGUGGCCCGCUUUGUUUACAAGCACCUGCCGAUCAUGGCCAAGCAUCGGAUCCGCUUCAGCCCCAAGGAGAUCGUGCUCAUUAUGAAUCUAACGUACAGGUACUGUCGUUCCCACCUAACAUCGUGCCAUCAAAAUCUCUGUAGCGGAUUCCUCGAUGGAAGUGCGGGUGAUCUAACUGGGGGCACGGUUUUCCAUGCCCUGGUCUGCCUUCAGGGGGAUGACGAUUUGCUCCUCCAGACCUUACAAGACGAUAAUUGGCCCUCUGCAAAGGAGCUAUCAACCUGUGCGCUGAAGAAAAACAGAGAAGGGUUGCUUCCUAGCGCUCUCGCUGCAAAGGCGCAGAGCAAUGCGCUCUAUGUGUGGAUGGAAGCGAAUGAAGACCGGGCACGAGCUGAGAAAUCAAGCACGCUUGCGAAGGCCAAACUAGAAGAGCUUCGCAAGCAGCUUGAGGCUCAUGCGAGCGAGGAGUUCGAGUCUACCUUCCGCCUUAUGACUUCCAUGACCCUGGAUCAUCGCGUAUCUUCAUCCCACAUGGCAAGAGCGAUGACUGAGUCGGCGCGGCACGGUUACUUCAACCUAGCUCGGAAGCUGAUGGAGAUAGGUGUCAAUCCUUCUGCCAGAGGCAGUCGCAUGGAGACAGCGUUGCAUAUCUCUGCCUGGCGGGGAGAUAUAGCUAUGGUCCGCCUCCUUCUAGGCAAAGGGGCUGAGGUAGACGCCCGCGAUAAAGACCGCCGCACACCAUUGCAAUGGGCAUCAUGGGCUGGAAAAGAGGAAACAGCCCGAGAGCUUUUGUCCAAAAACGCCAACGUCAAUGCGAGAGACACCGAGAAUCGAACGGCCCUCUAUGGUGCGGCUGGAGGAGGUUUUACGGAGGUGGUGCGUUGCUUGAUUUUGCACAAGGCUGAUGCAACGAUACGCGGAGGAAGAGGCAGGGAAACGGCGUUGGAAAGGGCUCGAAACAAGAAAUACAAUGAUGUGGUUGCCUUGUUAUCUAGCUAG